UAUGACACCUUAAAAAUCCAAAAAGUAUCUACAAAAAAAUAUUUUUAUAGAUUUUGUUGUGCGAUUAUUUGGAGAAACUUUAUUUUACAAUUAUACCAAAAUUUUUAAAUAAUGAAUAACAAAAAGAAAAGAACCGGAGUAAACACUAUAUCAGCCGUUUCAAGAUCCUAUAAAAUAGUCUCUUUCUCUAUCUACUUACAUGUGCUCUGCCGCUUUUAAAUCUCCCAUCUUCUUCCUCGUGUCACUCUUUCUAAACACUCUGCACACUAAAAAUUUCCAAGAAUAUUUCCUAGAAAAGGAGCAUCUUCCUCUUUAUUUCUUCUCUCAUCUCUCGAUAACCAAACGGUGGGUUUGUGUUGAUUCCAUAAGAAUAUAACAAAAAGCUCUUUUUUUUCUUCCCUUUCUCCUUUCUUCAACUUUCCAAGAAAAUCUUUGCUUUCUUCCCCCCACCCUCCUCUCUUUGUUUCUAUUAACAAGGUUUAUCUCUCGCAGUUUUCUGUGCCUUUGCUUUGUGACUUUCCAUAAAAAGAAAAAAAAAACUCGUCCUUUGAUAAAACUUUUGCGCAGAGAAGCAUCACACUCUUAUCUCUCUUGUUGCUCAAGUUUCUUCCUUUAUCAAAAAAAUCCAUCUUUAUUCUUUGUCUCUUUCCUUUUUGCUUUCACAUGCUUUCUUCGAUAUAAACACACACAGUCACAGUCUAAGUAACGGAGAGAGAGAGAUAACAAUGGAGACAGAGAAGCAACUCGUUCUCCCGAAAAUCAAAUUCGCAGAGCACAAAACCAACACCGUACCGGAGUUAACCAACAACCACCAACCAAGGAUUCUCCGUAUCUCUGUCGCUGACCCAGACGCAACAGAUUCCUCCAGCGACGAAGAAGAACAACGACUCACCUCUAAACGCCGUCGUAUCAAAAAGUUCGUAAACGAAGUCGUUCUCGAUACAGGCGCUAGUGGCUGUAGCAGUCAAAUCGAAUCCAAGAAGAGAAGGAAGAGAGCGGUUGUAGUCAAGUCGGAGACUCCUUCUCCGCCGGAAGUUUCGAAGACGACGGAGAAGAAAUACCGGGGAGUAAGACAGCGUCCGUGGGGAAAAUGGGCGGCGGAGAUAAGAGACCCGCUUCGACGCGUACGCCUCUGGCUCGGAACUUUCAACACGGCGGAGGAAGCCGCCUUGGUUUACGACAGCGCCGCGAUUCAGCUCCGUGGCCCCGACGCCCUCACUAACUUCCCGACGACGGAGAUUAAAUCUUCUUCUCCACCACCGUCGCCGGUUAAGAGGAAGAGAAAAAUCAAAGACGACGUCGCUUCCUCCUCCACUUGCAGCGACGGCCUCUGCUCUCCGGUGUCCGUUCUCCGAUCACCGUUCGCCGUCGACAGUUCUACUCCAACCGCGGCGGUUAUCGUCAAGGAAGAGCCUUCCACGACGACGGCGUCAGAGACUUUCUCCGAUUUCUCGGCGCCGUUGUUCACCGACGAGGACUUGUUCGAUUUCCGGAGCUCCGUCGUUCCCGACUACCUCGGCGGCGACUUAUUCGGAGAAGAUCUCUUCGCUGACACGUGUACGGAUAUGAACUUCGGGUUUGAUUUCGGAUCCGGGUUAUCCGACUGGCACGUGGAUGACCAUUUUCAAGAUAUUGGGGAUCUAUUCGGGUCGGAUCCUCUUUUGACUGUUUAAUAAAAAUAAAUAGUUUACCCGGCCGUUACUAAACGGACUCGCGAAGUUUUGUAUGUUCGUUAUUUGAAAAUCUUUUAGCUUUCUGUUCUCUUUUUGUCGUUAUAUAAGAGUAUAAAUCAAAUGUACUAAUGCUGUAGUUAAUGGUCUUAUUAUUAAAUAAAUAGUAACGUUUAAGUUUAAAUAA